AUGCAGGACGGGUUCGCGAUACCCACGCCAGGGGGGGAGACCACUCUCGUGGUGGUGAACCGAUUCCCACUGACGGUGACGUUUGUUCGCGGCGGGAACGUGCCUUCUGGGCUCAGCACGGCGUCGUCGAAUACAUUUCCAGUGAUGGCGAUGUUCAGCGAGUUCACUGUCGCUCCAAUGCUGCCCGCCAACAGCAGCAUGGCGCCGUCCCUCCACGUGCACCCGUCAAACGUGACGUUCACAACUUGGCCAGUCAUCGUUCUGACGUCCACAGUGAGCUGCAUGGAGGCCCCGCUGAACGUCACGUUGCGGUAG